CGACUCGCAUAGUUCUGGAAUCAAUCAAAUCAACAUUUAAUUUGCAGCAAGAAAUCAAGCUAUCCUGAGUAAUUUUCAAGUGGUCUGUUAAAGCGCAAUGGAUUUCAGGGUAAUUGGCUUCAAUGAUCCAUUUUUCGCCUGUCUUGAAGACAUGUUCGAUUUACCAGAUCUUGAGGUUGAAAAAUCAGUGAAUACACCAUCAAAGAAGUAUGUAAGAGAUGCAAAAGCAAUGGCGGCAACACCAGCUGACAUUAUGGAAUACCCAGACUCGUAUGUGUUUGCACUUGACAUGCCGGGAUUGAAAUCGGAGGAAAUCAAAGUUGAAGUGGAAGAUAACAACGUGCUUGUAGUGACUGGAGUGCGACACAGAGAAGACGAAAAGGAGAAAGAGGUAAAGUACGUGAGGAUGGAAAGAAGAAUUGGGAAAUUUAUGAGGAAAUUUGUACUCCCUGAGAAUGCCAAUGUGGAUGCAAUUUCAGCUGUUUGUCUUGAUGGUGUUCUGACUAUUAGUGUCAAGAAAUUGCCUCCACAUGAACCUAAGAAGCCUAGGACUAUUGAGGUUAAAGUCGGCUAGGCAAAUUGAUUUUGGUGUCAUGCAGUUUCAAGCUUGGAUCUGAGGAGAUAUGUCUGUUCAAAAUGAAAUGUCUACUGAUGUAUUAAGUGUCCUGUUUUCCCUUUUGUUGGGUUGGAGGAAAUAAACUUUCUUAGUUUUCACCCUAGAAAAUAGUUAUGCUUACGCAACAUGCACAAUCUCACUGGCAAUGGCAAGGAAAAUAGUUGCAUAAGAACAGGGUAAAACAUACAAAGCUGUGCCAACUAUGGGACUCUACAAUAUAUUUCAAAACAUAGAACUACAUUUCAAGCUAAGUUAAACCACCAUCUACUAAGUAAAACCAAUGGAUUGAAUUCCCAAGACUUGUUUAGCAGGAGCAAUAGGAACCUCACCAAAAGCACUAUGUGAUCAGGCCACCAUCUUGCAAAUCUGGAACUCCACUGACAGCAGACUCACAGUUGAAACCAAAGGAGCAACAGGAACCUCACUAUAGUUUUCCACCAAGCAUGUUGGCACCAUAGCUUUCCACCAAGCAUGUUCAAACACUCCCCGAAAAGAGAACCACACAACUUAUCUCAUUGUAGAACACAUCGUAUGCGAAAUGGACUCCAUUCAACAUUCUAUUCAUGCAGUAGUAACCAAA